AUGAACUUUUUGAAAUUUUUUUACUUCGCCGCUCCGGCUCUUGCGAGCGUCAACAUGUACAUCAGCAAAGAAGAGAUGAAUCGAACUUUAGGUGGUUUCUUUUGAAAGAGCACUUAGUGUAUGACAAGAGGUUUUCAGGAGUGAAAGCCGAACUCAAUUACAUUGAAAACGGCAACGUCAACUCCUACUCGACCAAGUUCCACUACAGGGUCAUGUCAAAGAUUGACCACGUUUCUUUUACUUGGAACGCCGAGGGCGCGGUAAUCGAAAAAAAAAGAAUUGAGAAAAAAAGGGAUUUAGGUGGAGUAUGAUGUUCGAGCUGAAUCUGACGAUUCGUCGGUGCUGCCCAUCGUUCGAAUUCCUUUGAAGGGCACUGUUCCGAAUCACUAUCAAGGUUUACAAAUCUAUUUUUCAUUUUUAUCCAUCGAUUCAUUCAAAAACUUUGAGCUAAAAUCAAUAUAAAACAUUCAGAAUUCAACAUUGAAUAUCGUUGCGCGGGGCAUCGUUCAGGGCAAUUCACAAUAAGCAUAUUUUUCCAUUUUUAUUACAACGACACGGUUCUCCCUCUUCGCCUGAAGCAAGAAAAAAUUUGCGAGUCAAAAGACGGCCGUCGUGGGCUUACCGGUGAGCUUUUGAAACGAUGUAGGAACUGUGUUAUCAUGGAAACAUGUAGUAAUUUUGACAUUCUUGCACAUAUUCAUAUUAUAAAAAAGAUGCGGAAACCAGUGAUUUCAUAUUUUAAAUCUGAUUUUCAACCUACGCGUUUUUUUCCAUUCUGUGCAUAGGAAGUUUGCGUGCGAUCCUCCAGGAGCUUUAUGUGCGGGAAUGUUUUAUGGCGCCAUAUUUAAUGAGUGAUUGAUUUGCGGACAGCAGGCCGCCCUGAACAAUGGUGAAUUUGUCAUGAACUUCGUUUGCAGGCGCCUACGACGGCUUUGAAUUCGAGGAGGAAGGCUCCAUCGACCGUGUCUUUUUCUUCAUCAUUUUUGUGGCCGCCGCUUUCCUUUUGAUCGUUGCCGCUGCCCUGAUUUGCUAUUUCAAAAGAGCCAAGAAAGAGGAAUGUCCUGCACCACAAAGAUUACCGUGGGCGAAGAUUAUAGGUUAAUGAAAAAAACUUAAUAUUUGUAUUAGAACCUCCUUCCGUGCAUCCAUGAAGUUUACCAAAGCAGCGCAACCGUUUAUUCGUAGCCAACCUUCUGGUAAUUUUCAUUUUCGAAGUUUAUACUGAGUAUGUAUCUUUAGCGUCAUCUUCGGUGGCCAUUCCAUCUAGCGUGCCUUGCUCCGUUUCUUCUACUUAUGCGAUUUUCACCGAGAAACCAAGAAAUGUGAGGAAUUAAGUUCAUUCUCUCAAUUCGAGUUUUUCAGAUCGACAUUCGGAAAGCUUUAGUGGCGUUGUAUCAAGAUCGGGAGCAAUUCCAAGCACUGCCUUUCAUAGAUAUGGAAGGAACUUUCGGCGAAGUACGCUUCGCCAUUUGGCGUCAACCCGAUGAUAUUGAAAACGGUGACAUCGAUGAUGAGGAAGACGCUGUGUGCAACCAAGAAGCGGUAACUGGCAAGACAUUCAUAGCUGUCAGUGUAAUCUUUUUUAAAGGUGUACACAAAAACUUUGAAAAAAAACGCAUCGACCGUGCAAUUGGACCGUUUUCUGUCCGAUUCUCUAGCGUUUUAUGGUAUCAUACCUCAUCCUAACUUGGCUCAGGUUUUUUCAAAAAUCAAAAUCAUAUUCAUACUUUCAACAGGUCGCUUGUGCCGCAUCUUUCGGAAGAUUUGAUCGACCAGACACUAUGAUGGACUUCCCUCUUAUCUGUUACCGUCAUCAAGGGUUUGGAAACUUGAAGAAAUUUUUGGCCAACUGCAAACACGGCGACAAGGCCAAAGGUUGAACAUUUGACGUUUCUCAGAAAAGACCGAGUUUCAGGAGCCCAAACUUUGAGAACUCAUCAGUUGGUUGCCAUGGGACUGCAAAUUUCUUCCGCUUUAGCUCACCUUCACAAGCACGGGAUAGUUCACACAGAUGUUGCUACUAGGUUUCCCAUCCGUCGAAACACUUUUCGAAUUUUGAUUAAAUUCAGAAACUGUCUGGUGGCGGAGGUGAACAACCGCCUUCAGGUUCAAUUGUGCGAUUCCGCUUUGUCUCGAGAUCUUUUCGCUAGCGACUACCAUUGCCUCGGCGACAACGAAAACAGGCCCCUCAAGUGGAUGUCCCCUGAGGCUAUUGCCGCCGGCACACACACUUCUGCUAGCGAUGUGGUUUGGAUUAACUCUUUCGAUAACAAAUUCUCUAAAUGAAGCUUAAUCUUAUCGAUCAGUAUUAUCUGGGAGUUGUAUCUAUUUGCAUGCUUCACAACAUUUCGACUUUUCAGUGGUCACUGGGAGUCCUUCUGUGGGAGCUGAUGACUCUCGGCGGCACUCCAUUCACAGACGUCGACCCCGAAGACGUUUACUCCAUGUUGACCAAAGGAAUCCGUCUAGCGCCACCCGGUAACUGCCCAGAACAGAUGUGAGUCUUUCUUGGAAGCUCGUCCAGAUAAUUAGAACUAAAGGAUCAUAGAAAACUCUUGAUCCAAAUGGAUUCAGGUACAAAGUUAUGCUCUGUUGUUGGCGAUCUCCCGCAGAAGAUCGCCCAUCUGCCGCCCAAGUCGUCCAAGGUCUCCAAGAUUUCACUGUACAACUCAGCCAGUUCAUCUGA